UCUAUCCUCAAGUAUUAGAUAUAGCCAAGUCUGUCACGGGAUUCACUGACUAAACAAAAGCUGUGGAGUCGUUUCGAAAGUUAAUCCAUUCACCAUCAAUGUUCUUCAACGAACAACCUUUUCCCACAAACGAAUCAGACGAGAGAGCUCACAGGAAGUGCAACAGUGAAAAAGCCGCACGGGAAUUCUGUCCAGUUCGCUAUGCCGCCAUGCAACGAUGGUUCAAAUUUUCUAGCAGCACUCUCAGCCAGCUAGAGCCCAAACUCCUGCAGAUGUUUUAUUGGCCCUUAGGUCCUCGAAAGACCACGCCCGUUUGUCCCGUUGCUAUAGCGAUGAAUUUUAUGCCGACUUCUUCGGCUCAGACCUACACUACAAGUUAUCGGACAUGCAAGAAACCGGCGUUUUUCCGAAUGCCUUUCUUUUUGGACCGAAUGGGACCGAAAUAUUCCGAGUGGACAACGAGCGCUCACGAAGCUAGGCCUGGUCACCAUCUGCAGUCUCAAGGUCUCGUGGAGAAUUUUCUGGACUGGUGCGGUCCAGUAGUAAGUGGCUUGGUCAGGAGUAGAUAUAUUGCAUACUCUGAGGGAUGGGCACUUUAUGCGGAAAAUCCUCUUGUUGCCAAGGAAACGGAUGUGUACAACUACAACCCUCUGAGACGAUACGGAAUGCUAAAAUGGCAAGUAUGGCGGGCAUUGCGUCUGAUCGUCGACACGGGUUUGCAUUUCAUGGGCAUGACACGUGAUGAAGCCAUUCAGUUGUUCAGCGACUACGCCUGGGACGACACAGAUGUGGCUCUGAAGGAAGUAACACGAUACCAGAGCGGUCCUGGGCAGGCGACUGCGUACAUGAUAGGUCAGCAGGCUUUCGUAAAAGUACGAGAGAACGCUGAGAGGAGACUGGGGUCGAAGUUUGACAUACGCGACUUUCACUUUUACUUGUUAUCGCAGGGGCCUGGGCCCCUUGAUUACGUGGCUAAACAAAUUGACAAUUACGUUGAGUGCACCUUAAAUGGAACCUCUUCCCGUUGUGAACAGUUUCAAGCCUCUGCACAUGAACGAAGGCGUUUCGUGAGAGGACAGGGAUACGAUUCUGAACUUCAAUGGGAUCAUUUGGAAGACUUUUAUUUUCCUCCUGAAAUACACGAAUUGUAACUAUGAGCUCGGCCGAUUUUCAAUUUUCAAUUGGAAAGUGAAUGACGUUUUUAAUGCUUUGUACCCUUAACUCGGGCCUAAUCUGCAUGCAAAGCACAAGUCCAUCUGGUUUUAAAAAAACCAGUUGUUGUGUAUUUCCAAGGAGUGGAACGCCUAGAUAAGAGGCAUACUAUACUAGCAAAGAACAGACAGUUUCAGUAAAGUGCGAGUAGUUGAACGAACGCAGAUGCCGUAGAAUGAACUUCCAUAGUCAUUAUCAAGUCAAGAGUCACCUCUUUCCCAGUCCCCCUUCCCCCUUUCAGCCAAGCUUACGACAUAUAAUUACGUUUUUUUUUUAAUGGUGAACCAAUAAUGCUUUUUUCCAUUGAGUGUCGAAUCUAACUCUGAAACGCAUUUGGUUUUUAUGUUGCUUUGUGAUCAGAAAGCGUAGGCAUGGAAAUGUUUCAGGUUUUAAUUUUUUUUCCGAUUCAGUGAAUAAUCAAAAUAAGCUCCCACGGUGACUUGCUCAUAAGUCGCGCUUUUGAGUGAGUCCUACCACACCAGAACAGAAAACCAAGCGAACGACUUUGAGAAAGUCUAAUCCCACGGGAAAAAAAUCCUGUUAAAUGAAACGCUGCCAAAUAUUUAUACCGCUAGUCAAAUUAUUUAAAUUCUCGUGGACCCUUGAAUUCUUAUGGACUGCUGAGCUGCUUUGGUUUUGAGUUUGCGACACUCGAACAAACGCGCUUUUAAAGGAAAUGAAUUGGGGCCUAAAUAGACGAAAAUAAACCAGCUCUUGACAGGCUGAGUGUGUUGAAACGUAAGUCACCUAACCGUGUUCAAAUGAUCUAACUUGUGUAAUAUUCCACUGCAUCAUUAAAAAUGAUGAAAAAAAAAGAACAGAUUGUACAAAAAAAUGUCCCAAUCUUAUGGUAUAUUUUGUAUAUGAAUAUAAUCUAGCACCCUUGAGAUCAAAAUUUUCGUAAAUCAUUUUUUUUUUCAUUUUCGUGCUCAGCGUGUCUUCCUCACCUACCCUGCCAAAUUUCAAUCUAGUCCGAGAGCUAGAAGUAUCUUCUUUUGGGCCGUUAAAUUCGAGAUUUCGUGUCCGCCAUUAGUUGACCAUGUUCCGGAAGUUGAUCGCAGGACUUGGGGGAAGUGAUGUCAAAGGCUCAACGCGAAAAACUCACAUGGCUAAAGGACGCUAGAGUAUGCACAGGGAACCCACACAAGCGGCGUGUCUGGUCGUUUGUUCGAAAUAUGAAGAAAUGUAUGGGAG